UGCUCUCUCUUUCAUGAGAUCUCUUUAAAAGAAAACUCAAUACCCCACCCUUUCAAUAAUAUAAAUCCAAACUUGUCUUUUUAGCUCUAUCCAUUUUAGUAACAGUAGAAACAGAGAGAGAAAAAGUAGCCAUGAACAGCUUCACCUCACACCAACAAUCCUUUCAGAGAAGUGUCCCAAGCUGCACCACCUUCUAUAGACGCUUCCUCGGUUCAAUGCCAGCCGUCCAUCCAUCCUCAUCAUCAUCUCUGCCCAUCUCUCAACGGGACGUCCUCGAUUUCUCUGGACUUGAUGAUGAGCUGGCAGCAACGGUCAUACCACCAGUGACCGUUGUUCUCGAGGGUCGAUCCAUCGGACAGAGGAUCUACCUCCACAAGCAUGCUAGUUAUAAGAGCCUGGCGAGGGCGUUGCGGCAGAUGUUUGUCGACAUCAACAACGGUGAAUUGGGUUUCCAGUCUGAAGUCGAUCUUGACCUCUCGAAUGCUGUUCCUGGCCACUUGGUAGCUUAUGAAGACAUGGAAGAUGAUCUUCUCCUGGCAGGCGACCUUAAUUGGAAGGAUUUCGUACGUGUGGCGAAGAGAAUACGGAUACUUCCUGAGAAGGCCCAUCCCCGGAGAGUUCAUCGUCGCCCUUAAAUCUAACAGCAAGGAGAAACGAACAGGAGGGAGGAGUUAGUUUUACCUCUGUCGCGAUACAUGAUCGACACCGUGUGUCUCCUCAUUAGGGCCCACAUACUGAGUUGGUACGAUGAUUCGAAUUGUCUAUGUUCUGGGUACUGCCAUAAGUAAAAUAUGGUACCAUAAUCACGAUUCAAAAACGAUCCUGACCUUUGAUUUUUGAAACUGAAUGUGAGCCAUUGAAAGUUUUCAUUUCAAUGUUCUAAAUUCAAUGUAGACGUAGUGAUGGCGAGAAUCAUUAAUCCCGUACAAGUUUCUUGAGGUAGCCCGUAUAGUAUAGAAUCAAUAAUACGGACGGCUUUGAUCAUCGAAUCAUCUCAGCAUGUGGGCCCUGAAGGGCGACAUGCUGGGAUCAUUAAUCACUUCGUAGUCAAGACUUUCUUUUAAUUAUGACGAUUUGUGAGACUAAUGUAUGGUCGAAAAUACAAUUAUAGCUAAAAUAUAAAUGCAUUCGUAGAGCCAUCUCUGCACAGUACACGUGGAAGUUGAUAUCAUUUGUGGACGGUCGAUCAUAUUACCCU